UUCCUCUGUAGCGUCUGGGAUGUGACAACAUGUUGGAGUCGCCUCAGCAAGAGGACGCCUGCCUACAGUGUGGAGGAAAUGGACAGUCGUGCCACCUUGUUAAGAACACCUUCGCUGCACAUAACCUGCCAAAAGGCUACAACCAGAUGUUCAUCAUUCCUGUUGGAGCCACCACCAUCAGCAUCAGAGAAACAGUGGCAACGCGCAACUACCUUGCUGUCAAGAACCUGCGUGGAGAGUACUACCUCAAUGGUCAUUGGGUGAUUGAGUUUUCCCGGCAACCCCCAUUGCUGGGACUAUGCUGUACUACCAGAGAGGUGCUGAGGGUGAAAACAUCCCUGAAACCAUCAUUGGACGGGGCCCGACUACCGAACCCCUUGUUGUUGAGUUGAUUAGCCAGGAGCCAAA